AUGGAUGGAGUCCAGUUUCCAGAGGAAACUGCGGAGGAUCGUGUGCGAGCUGCCACCGAGUUUUUAGACCCCACUGAUACUCGUGCUCGGAGUUACCGUGCAGAUAUUGUGUUGAUGCUAAAUCGAGGUCUCAGAAGAUUGACGGUUAGCAUCGAUGAGAUAAGAGCACACAACCGAGAACUUGCAGACGGUCUUCUCAUGUUACCGUUUGAAUACACGGAGGCAUUCAAUAAAGCCCUAAAAGCCGUCGUGAAGACUCUCCCAAAUCGGCCGUCAAGAGAAACCGCCGAGGAAGUGGCUUACUACUGCGCAUUCGUGGGUGCCUUUGGCGAGAAUUCGUGCAAUCCGCGAACAUUAGGUUCCUCUCAUCUUAACCGAAUGGUAUCCCUUGAAGGCAUUGUCACCAAAUGCUCUCUCGUUCGACCGAAAGUGAUACAAAGUGUGCACUAUAGUGAGAAGAAGAACAAAUUUUUCGCCAGAAAGUAUAGAGACCAGACUAUGACAGCCAGUGGGGUCACGAACUUGAAUGUGUAUCCGCAAGAAGAUGAUGAGAAAAACCCUCUCAUUACGGAAUUCGGAUACUGUACCUACAUGGACCACCAGUCCAUUUCGAUCCAGGAAAUGCCUGAGAGAGCACCCGCUGGUCAAUUGCCCCGUGGGGUCGAUGUUAUCCUUGACGAUGAUCUAGUUGAUCGUGCUAAGCCAGGAGAUCGCAUUCAACUGGUGGGAAUAUUUCGCUCCCUAGGAAAUAGAGGUGCAGGAUCAGGAUCAUCAACUUUCCGGACCGUUGUUCUCGCAAAUAAUAUUAUUCAACUUUCUUCUAAAUCUGGUGGUGGAAUUGCGCAAGCCACACUGACAGAUACUGACAUCCGCAACAUCAAUAAAUGGGCCAAAAACAGAAAGACGAAAAUUUUUGACAUGUUAUCUCAAUCACUGGCCCCUUCUAUUUAUGGACAUGAAUACAUCAAGAAGGCUGUUUUGCUUAUGCUUCUGGGCGGUAUCGAGAAGAACUUGGACAAUGGUACUCAUCUCAGGGGUGACAUCAAUAUACUCAUGGUUGGCGAUCCUUCCACUGCGAAAUCACAGAUGUUACGAUUCGUCCUGAAUACUGCGCCUCUAGCGAUUGCCACCACUGGUCGAGGAUCAUCAGGUGUCGGUCUUACUGCGGCUGUAACAUCUGACAAAGAAACUGGAGAACGAAGACUAGAAGCCGGUGCAAUGGUGCUUGGUGAUCGGGGUGUUGUCUGUAUCGACGAGUUCGAUAAGAUGAGUGAUGUUGAUCGCGUUGCUAUCCACGAAGUGAUGGAACAGCAAACGGUUACGAUUGCGAAAGCAGGUAUUCAUACGUCCUUGAAUGCCAGGUGCAGUGUUAUUGCGGCUGCAAACCCAAUAUAUGGCCAAUAUGAUCCCCAUAAAGAUCCACACAAGAAUAUUGCUCUUCCUGACUCGCUACUUUCCCGUUUCGAUUUGCUGUUUAUUGUUACCGAUGAGCCAGAAGAUAAGGGUGAUAGGCUAGUGUCAGAACACGUGCUACGCCGACAUCGUUACCGUCAGCCAGGUUCUGAAGAAGGGGUACCAGUUCGUGAAGGAGCUACGCAGACUCUGGGUAUUGGACUAGAAGAAUCACAAGAUUCCAACCAACCCACGGAGCCCCUUGAAAAAUACAAUGUCAUGUUACACGCCGGCAUGUCUGCAACCAGCAAGAAUGGCAACGUCGAGGUAUUCAGUUUGCCAUUUAUCAAAAAGUACAUCCAAUACGCGAAGUCCAGAAUAAAACCGGUCUUGACAAAGGGGGCUGCAGAUCAUAUUGUUGCCACUUAUACGGCUCUGCGAAAUGACGAUCUCUCAGGCAACCAGAGGAAGACAUCGCCCAUGACGGCACGUACACUUGAGACACUUAUUCGUCUAUCCACUGCUCAUGCUAAAGCACGGUUAUCAAAUCGUGUGGAAGAGAAGGAUGCGAAAGAAGCGGAGGCUAUUUUGCGGUUUGCUUUGUUUAAGGAAGUCGUGGAAGAUGCAAGAAGAAAGCGACGCAAAGUGACCACAUUUGAUUCUGAUGAGGAAUCCGACGAGUCGGACUCCGAUGAUGAGGAUGACGAAUCAUCCGGCCCUGGUACAAGUCAACAAACCAGCAGGCGACCAGGUUUAAGGUCUACACAGACUGCUGAAGAAUCUGUCAGUGCUAGAAGCGACUUCGCGGGUGGUUCUCUAGACCCACAGCUACAAUCUAGCGGCCCUACACGAGACCAGACUGCGACUGCAUCUCAGUUAUCUUUUGCAUCUUCUCUUCCAGCAUCACAGCUCCUUGAUUCACAGACUGACGACUCCCAAGCAAGCUCGUCUGCCCCCAUUCAGCCCGCGCGGCUGAACAUCUUCCGUCAGACUCUUGGGCCACUGAUGUCCCAAGUGUUCGUCAAUGACGACAGUGCGGAUUUGGAAGCACUAAUCGGUGCUGUCAACACUGCAGUCAGGGCAAACCCAAGCCUGGGUGAGCGAAAUGUGUUCCAGAGGCAGGAAGCUAUCCAGGCAUUGAAGGUGAUGAAUGACAGAAACGAAUUAAUGUACCUUGAGGAGGACGAGACAGUCUACAGAAUCUAA